AAACAGCUGGGAAUGUUCUAAAAAUACAGCCAAAGGGUUAUGCUGACUUGUUUUUCACUUCGAGGGGCUUCACUACGCAACUUUUAUUUUUGUGUGCCUUCUGGUACUAGGCGCCGUCUCCAUCAGGACCAAGUGAAAAACAACACCGCAUCCCGUGGAAAGGUAUAAUUAAGGAUAAAUUAUGCACAUUUGAGUGGGGUAUUCUCUUUUCAAUAAAGCUAUCAGGGAUUUUGAUGGCAGCUAAUGAUGAGAAGAAGCAAGUACUUGAAGAAGAAGCAAUGGGAUUACCUUCAAAUCUUGACUUUGGAAAAACUGUUAAGCAAAAGGCUGAUUUGUCCAAUUCUUCAAAGGUAGCACAGACUAAGUGUUCUUCAGAAAUUGAACAAGGCAGUGUGCUUCAACCUUCAGAUCAGAUAAAGAAUGGGCUUGAUGAAAAUAAAAAUAAUAAACUGCAAGAAUACAGACCAGAGAAUGUGGCAGGUGGUGAAUGUGAUCAACAUGAGGAAGCUAAUACUAAUACCAUCCUUGAACUGUCAGAAGGCACCACUCCUCGUCACAAGACUAAUGAAUGCCAAAGUAACUGUCAUCUUGAAGAGAAUCAACUUGAGCUUUCAAAAACUCCUACUCCAAGUGAAAAUUCAUUACCAACUACUCCAUUCUCAACAGGAAAAUCCAGAUCCAGAAAAAAUCCUGUACCUAAGAAACAUCUUACACCCCCUGGGCCAACAGAAAACCAGCCUGAACAGAGUAUAGAAAAUGGUGAAAUCCAAAUGCCACCAGCCAAGGUUUAUAAGAAGAGAGGGAGAAAGUCGAAAGCAGAGUUGUUGGCCCUGCAACUUGAACAAGGCCUCCCUGUGACACCUGAGCCUGCUAAGACACUUUUGGAAGACCAUAAUUCUGCAAAUGAUGUGGCUCCUAUUGAGCGGCCAAAAAGAAGAGCUGCCAAAGCUGCUUUGCAGUACCUACGCACCCUUGCAGAAGAGUUGGGAGUUGAUAGUCAGCCUACAGGAGUGGUUCCUGAGGUGUCAAAGAGCAUCAUCUCCACUUCAAAUAUAGAAUCUGAAACCCCCCUGAAACGAAAGAGAGCAAUAAAGAAGCAUCGUGAGGAUGAUGUGACUGAUGAUGCUGAUUUUGUUCUGCCGGAUGCUGUGUCUAAUAGUGAAAAAGAAGAGGAGGAUACUGAUGAAGAAUAUGAUUUUCAAGACUCUGAUUCUGGUCCAGAGGAGAGAUGUAACAAACUUAAAGGAUCCAUCACUAAACCAAAGCUGAAGGGCACUGCUGCUAAUGGUUUGCCAAAUAAUGUGAUGGGACCUGUUUGGAACUGUUUUAACAUGACAAAGGAAUUUCGAGAACAGCACUUUGCUUCAUGGGUGUUUCCAGAAUGGAUUCCAUCAAUGAAAAACUGGAAGUUUUUAACAGAUAUGGAAGCUGUCAAGUAUUUGCCCAAAGAAAAACUAUCACCACCUUUUAUGGUGAAAAGGGAGGGACUUGAUGAUGAUACUUCAAUUCACAGAAUUAACAGAUUUCAGUCUGUGUCACCACAUCAUGAACGCUGGGACUUUGCAUUUUUUGUUGGAGGACCAGUGUGGUCAAUGGAAUGGUGCCCAACCCCAGAUGGAUCAUCAGCCUCUCAGUUUGUUGCCAUUUACUGUAACAAUGGAAUGGAUGAUAGGCACAAGCAUUGUGCCUUACAUUCAGAACCAGCAUUGCUUCAGAUCUGGAAGCUGGGCAACCUUUGUCAUGAUUCUUGUCCUUCUUCCAAAGCAAUCUUUUCAUAUGGAAUUGCUUUAGAUUAUGGAUGUAUAUGGGAUAUGAAAUGGUGCCCAAGUGGAGCAUGGGAGACUUUUGAAACUUAUAGGAAGUUUCCUCAGGUUCCUAGACUUGGACUAUUGGCUGCUGCAUUUUCAAAUGGACAAAUUGCUGUCUUCAGUCUGCCUUAUCCAGAGUCUUUGGCAAACUACAAGAAAUCUCAUUAUAAAGGAUCUGGAAAUGAAGAUCAAAUGAUAUGCAAGGUCCAGUGCACAGUCCUUUUGGAAGUUGGCUCAUUUCAGGCAAACAAUAAUAAUCCAUGUGGACAGUGUCUAUGUAUAGACUGGGUGCCAAUGAAAGACCAUCAAUUUGUGGGUGCUGGCUUUUUUGAUGGUACAGUUGCAUUAUGGAGCUUGACCACAAAGUCUGCAUUGCUGAAGAUAAGGACAAGUGGUGGAUCAAUUACCAUCUUUCCAUAUCACAGCUUCUUAGCACAUGAUCAUGCUGUACGAUUUUUAACUUGGUGCAAGGCCAGUAGCGAUUUUAUAAUCACUGCAAGUGAGGACAGAAAGUUGAAAUUCUGGGAUCUCAGAAGAACUUACGAGCCUGCUGUGGCAGUAAAACGUAACCUCAGCACAGAGGUUUCAUGGUUGUUGCACUGGUGUGGAAUAUCUGUAGCACAGGAAAACUGCUUUGCAGCUUAUGGACUCAGUGGAAUCCACUAUGUUGAUGCUGGAUAUCUUGGUUUUAAACCAUACUUUGUUGCUCCCAGAAGAGGAACUGUAUGGAGUUUAUCUGGUUCUAACUGGCUCAAUACUUAUGCCUCUGGAGACAACACAGGAGAAUUGCUAAUGAUGGUGCUGCCUAAUAUAACAACCAAUCCAAAUAAUGUCAAGCGUCCCUCUGAGCGCCGAUUUCCAGUUUACAAGGCAGACCUUAUCGAGUAUGGCAGAUCUGACAAAGAUCCUUUAAAUGUCGAGGCAGAAACCAACAGUGAGACAAACAGUGCUGUUCCACUUUGCCAACCACAGCUAUACAGUGAAGCAAUAGAAAAGUAUUAUGUUCUGUUUGAUGACACAGAUAUGAGGACCUUCAAAAAUUUCAACAGAAGAGAACCAAUGAAACGUAUGUACACAACAGAAUCAAAAGGAUCAAUUUUUGUAGACAGAAUGCCUCUUGAUUCCAUAUAUAAGGUACGCUUCAGUCCCAACAUUGAUUCCCAUAACUGGCUUCUUUCUGCAGGGCAGGCUGGUCUUGUAAGAGGACACUGUCUUCGAGGAAUGAACAGUUCUGUUCUAAACAAACUUAUCCGGGAAAGCAAUGCUCAGUUUUGUGCUAUGUAUAAUUCUGAAGGAAAUGGAUCAUGUGAAAUGCCAGUAAAAUCUGUUAAACAUAGUAUAGACACCAUUAUAGAGGUACAAUAAGUGUAUAGCACAGCAUACCGAAACAAUAGUGAAACAAGAACAAAAUAUACUGGUUACCAGAAACUGGUUAAGGAGACAAACAUCAAGGAUUAUUUUAACCUUGAACUGAUUCCUGUGUAGUCCUGUUAACUUCAAAAUUUGAUAUCUUACUUCUCAGUUUAGUCAGUUUAAUCAUUUUUUCUACUAGUUGUUUAAAAACUCAUUUUUUAAGAGUUUCUAUAAACCAUGUCUUAGGCCAUUUUUAUUCAUAUGUUUUACUCAGAAGUAAUUUAUAGGUGUCUUGUCUUGAUUUAAGAAAUAUUUUUCUUCAGUUUAACCAAACAUGUCUUCACGUGAAAUCUUUUUUUUUUCUUUUUCUGUUCAUUUAGCCAAGUAUACAAAGCAUAUAUUUGAAAGGAUUCAAAAAUCUAUGUAAUUAUUUUAACAAAAAUGAUUAUUUUAUUCUUUGAAAUAAUUUGUUGUAUGCCACUGUUAUUGAUACAUUUUAAAUUAAUGAGGAAAAUGAGUUGCUGGAAAUAAUAGGUACAAAAUAUUGUAAAAUCAGGGUUUAAUGUUUCUUGAGCAUUUACAUAAAAUCACCCUAUCUUUGAUUUAUAUCCAUUAAUUAAUGCAGGUCUAUUUGAGUAAAAAAAAUCCUGAUAACUGGGAUAUUAAAGCAUGUUAACUACACUGAGGCCUUCACCAUAAAACUGCUGUAUGCAUGUUAUUUUGCAAAGUAUUAAACAUAAAAUGCUUUUGAUUUUUGUCAAUGAUGUAAAUAAACAGUGCUGUGCUUUUUUGUAAUAAUAGGUUGUUUAUAUUGUAUAUAAUAAGCAACACAGCACUUUCAAAAUUUGGCAAAAAGUAAUUUUAUGUUGUAAA